AUCCUUUCGAAACAAAUUGAGACACUAUGGUUGUAGAAAAGAUUGUGUCGAAUGUGCCCACAGAACACAUAAAAGUAAAAAAAAUUCCAGAGAAUAUAAAACUGGCCGACCCUUCAUUUGGUGUUCCGGGUAAAAUUGAUUUACUUUUAGGUGCGGACAUAUUCUUUGAUUUCUUAAAAGAAGAGAAAUUAUCAAUCGAAAAUGUUAAUUACAAACUGCAGAACAGUGUGUUUGGGUGGUUGAUAUACGGAUCAACUAACAUAAGCUCCAAAUUAGUUCACUGUGGUGUUGUAACAUAUUUCGAUGAAAAAAUAGACAAUCAACUUAAAAAGUUUUGGGAAAUAGAAUCAAUUGAAAAUAAAUGUGUUAAUCAAACUAAAGAAGAAACACAUUGUGAAGAGCACUUUAAUAAUAACUUUAAAAUUUCUAUAGAUGGUAAAUUUACUGUAGCUCUUCCAUUCAAAAAAGAAAAUAUAAAUUUAGGUGACUCUUCUUUACAAGCAAAAAGAAGAUUUCUUUCUCUGGAGAAAAAGUUUAAAAAUAAUGAAAUUAUGAAAGAGCAGUAUAAACAAUUUAUGAAGGAAUAUAUAAGGUUGGGCCAUAUGGAGGAAAUAAAAAAUGUUAAUAUGUUUAAAUCGAAAUAUUAUUUACCACACCAUUGCGUACUGAAACCAGAUAGUACAACUACUAAAUUAAGAGUCGUUUUUGAUGCAUCCUGUAAAACAGACAAGAAUGUUUCCUUGAAUUCAAUAAUGCAUUCUGGGCCUAAGUUGCAAGAAGACUUAUUUAAUAUUUUGCUGAGAUUUAGAAAACAUAGGUAUGUCUUCACAGCAGACAUUGAGAAAAUGUUCAGGCAAAUAUGGAUUCGCCCAGAGGAUGAAAAAUAUCAAUUAAUCUAUUGGCGCGAUGAAGAUAAUGAAAUACUGCGAACAUAUACUCUUAAAACAGUUACGUAUGGUACUGCAGCUGCACCUUAUUUAGCAGUUAAAUGUUUGCAGAAAAUUGCAGAACUGGAGAGAAAUGAUUAUCCAGAAGUAGCUGAAAUUAUCAAUGUAGAUUUUUAUAUGGAUGAUCUUAUGACAGGAGGAGAUAAUCUAGAUGAUGUCAAGUUAAUCCAGGACAAUAUCAAAAUAAUUUUAAGAAAAUAUGGAUUCAACCUUAGAAAAUGGUGUUCCAAUAACAUUGAACUUCUAAAAAACAUUCCUCUUGAAGACAGAGAAAAUCAACUUGACUUGAAUAAGGAAAAUAACAACGAAGUUAAAGCAUUAGGUGUCACUUGGACUCCAUUCGACGACCACUUUCAUAUAACUUGCAAUUGGAAGUGCAACGACAAAAUUACUAAAAGGACCAUUCUUUCAGACGUUUCCAAAUUAUUCGACCCAUUGGGCUUUGUAAAUCCCGUCACAGUUACUUCUAAAAUUUUAUUACAAGAAAUGUGGAAAUCAAAAACUGAUUGGGAUGAAAAGCCGUCACAGGAAAUAGUGGACACUUGGUUAAAAAUCAAAGAUGAGCUUCCAUUGUUAAAUCAAAUACGAAUAUCCAGACGUAUUUUAUGCAAUGAACCGGUAAAUAUUGAGUUACAUGGUUUUUGUGAUGCUUCGAUGAAAGCGUAUGGGGCCGUAGUUUAUGCAAAAUCUGAAAACCAAACAGGUGAAACUUAUGUAAAUAUACUUGCAGCCAAAUCACGAGUCGCGCCAAUAAAGAUAAUAACAUUGCCGCGGCUUGAACUAUGUGCGGCUGUUCUCUUAGUAGAAUUAAUACAAAAAAUUUUAGAAAGUUUGAAAUUUAAAUUUUCUAUUUACUUUUAUACAGAUUCCACAAUAGUAUUGAAUUGGUUACAGCUAGAUCCUGGACGUUUACAGAUAUUUGUGUCGAAUAGAGUAAAUUUCAUACAAACUAACACCAACAUAAAUAAUUGGAGGCAUAUCGGCUCAAAAAACAAUCCGGCUGAUAUUAUUUCUAGAGGAGUUACACCAAGCGAACUUAUCACCAGCAAAUUAUGGUUAAGAGGACCGGAAAUUAUUUAUACAAAUAAUUAUAAAAUCCAACAAAAGGUAAACAAUGAUAAUUUAAUUAUUCCAGAGAUAAAGAAAUCCAAGAUUGUUAUGAUUCUAACCGAAAAACAAACAAUUCUAAUGAAUAUAAACCAUAAAAAUAGUUUCGAAUUUCUUCAAAACGUUACAGCUAACAUAUUUAAGUUUAUAGAUAUCAUUAGGAAAAAACCAUUAAUGAAUACAAUUUUUUAUAAACGAAAAGCAUUAAAUUACAUAAUUUGUCAAAUACAAAAAAAAUACUUUGAUCUAGAACUAAAACUAAUCAAUUCCAACAAACGAAUUCCAAAAAAUUCCAAACUAGCUACUUUAGCUCCAAUUGUGGACAGCAAUAAUAUUAUAAGAGUAGGAGGUAGGAUUCAAAGUAGUAAUCUUUCAGAGGAUGCUAAGCACCCUAUACUUCUCCCUUAUGAAGAUGAAAUUGUUCGUUUAUUAGUAAAUCAUAUACAUGUUAAACAUCUACACAUUGGACCACAGGGUUUACUAGCAAUAACCAGGCAAAAGUUUUGGAUUUUAAGAGUAGGAAUGGACUUCCUAGGUCCAAUUUGGAUACAUCAUAAAAUACGUGGAAAAAAGGCUGAUAAAGCUUAUGUCUGUGUCUUCGUGUGCUUUUCCACGAAGGCAGUACACUUAGAAAUAGUUUCAGAUCUUUCUUCAGCAGCUUUGAUAGACAGAGAAAAUCAACUUGACUUGAAUAAGGAAAAUAACAACGAAGUUAAAGCAUUAGGUAUCACUUGGACUCCAUUCGACGACCACUUUCAUAUAACUUGCAAUUGGAAGUGCAACGACAAAAUUACUAAAAGGACCAUUCUUUCAGACGUUUCCAAAUUAUUCGACCCAUUGGGCUUUGUAAAUCCCGUCACAGUUACUUCUAAAAUUUUAUUACAAGAAAUGUGGAAAUCAAAAACUGAUUGGGAUGAAAAGCCGUCACAAGAAAUAGUGGACACUUGGUUAAAAAUCAAAGAUGAGCUUCCAUUGUUAAAUCAAAUACGAAUAUCCAGACGUAUUUUAUGCAAUGAACCGGUAAAUAUUGAGUUACAUGGUUUUUGUGAUGCUUCGAUGAAAGCCCAAAUCACGAGUCGCGCCAAUAAAGAUAAUAACAUUGCCGCGGCUUGA